AUGGCCGCAGGGCCUGAGGGUGCCAGUCCUGGCUCUCAUGUGAAUUGGCUCAUCGAAGAAGCGGCCAAAAUGAUCAAGGUCAAGUUUUAGCACAUCGUGUCUAUCCAUGGGGUGUGCAAGCAGCCCCUGAGCGUUGCGAUGGAGUUUAGUGCCAAAGGCUCCCUGGAGAAGAUGCCCACCCACAGCCUCUGCUGGCAGCUCAGGUUCUGCAUCAUCCCUGAGACCAGCUGGGCCAUGAACUUCCUGCACAGCCUCAAGCCACCUCUGCUCCACCUGGAUUUCAAGCCAGGCAGCAUCCUCUUAGACAGUGACACGCAUGUCAAGAUUUCAGACCUUGGCCUAUCCAAGUGGAUGCAGUACAUCGGGAGGUCUGCCCUGCAGGGCACACUCAGCUGUCCCCCGGAGAUGUUCCUGGGGAGUAACAAGGCCCAAAUCUGAGUGUACCAGUAUUGGGGCUUCAGGAUUGACAUCUGGGAGCUCCUCACUCAGAAGAAACCACGCUCAGGGUUCACCAUGACAACCAUCAUUAUCCAAGUGGCCACAGGCAUGUGGCCCUUCCUGGAGCCUGUCUCCCACCUGUGGCCAGGUGAGGCCCAGCAGAUGGUGGGCCUGAUGAGGCGCUGCUGGGACCAGGACCCCAGGAAGGGGCUGUGCUUGGCAGACCUCACAGUGGAGACAGACUUGCUGCUGUCACUGCUGCAGAGUCCUGAGGCAGGCCCAGAGAGUGAGGCCCUGGCCAGGAAGGUGUCCUGCAAACCAUCGCUGUUCCAGCCUCGGGAUGUGAGUGAGGAGGUGUCCCAGGACAGAGUGCGAUCAGACGCAGGAGACUACUUGGAGCAGGUCCUACAACUGUCCCGCAGCAAGACCUUGGUCCUGAGCGAAGAGGAGCUGCACAUCUAUGAGAACAAGGUCACUCCCCUCCAAUUCCUGGUGGCCCAGGGCAGCAUGGAGUGGGACAGGCUGCUGCUGGCCCCAAAGGUGGACAUGGACUGCCAGAUGGCCUCCAGCUACACCCCCCUCAUCGCCGCCCAGGACCAGCAGCCAAACCCCUGUGCCCUGCUUUUGGUUCACUGCAUUCAUGCCAAUGUGGCAGACAAGGAUGGCUGGGACCCCCUGCAUUUUGCAGCCCAGAAUGGGGACAACAGCACUGUGCACCUGCUCCUGGACCAUGGGGCCCACAUGGGUGCUCAGGAGCACCAGGGGUGGAUGCCACCUCACCUGGCCACACAGAAUAACUUGGAGAAUGAGGCACGGCUUUUGGUCUCCCAUCAAGCUGACCUCAACCUGCACGUAGCUAAGAGCAGCCCCCUCCACAUGGCUGCCUACAUUGGCCAUGUCAGCCCAGCCAAGCUGCCGACAGACCAGAGGGCUAAGUUGGCUCGGCAGGGAAACCUGAGGACACCACUGCAGCUGGCAGUGGAACAGGGCAAAGGAAGGGCCACCUAACACCUGCUGAAAAGUGGGGCAGCCCCCAACGUCCUUGAUCAGAGUGGCUACAGCCCACUGCACGCAGAGGCUGCCAGGAGCAAGUACUUUAUCUGCAAAAUGCUGCAUAGGUCUGGGGCCAGCCUUGAGCUGCCCACCCAGCAGGGCUGGACGCCCAUGCAUCUAGCAGCCUACAAGGGCUACCUGGAGAUCAUUCACCUGCUGGCUGAGAGCCAGGCAGACGUCCAUGCUUUCAUAGGCAUGAACUGGAUACGCCUGCAUCUAGCUGCCCACUACGAGGAGGUGGCAGUGUUGGCAGUGCUGGGGUGUGGGGCUGACCCCAAUGCUGCCAAGCAGUGCUGGACACUCCUCCACCUGGCAGUGCAGAGAGGUGCCUUCCUGAGCACCACCAUUCUUCUGGAGUACUCUGCAGAUAUCUGCGCCCAUAGCAAGGUGUGCUGGACACCUGCCCACCUGUCUGCCCUCAAGGGCAAUACAGCCAUCCUCAAAGUGCUGGUCAAGACUGGCACCCAGCUGCACAUCCAGGAUGGAGUGGGUUGUACUUCCUGGCAGCUGGCCCUCUGGAGGCAAAAACAGGGCACCGUGGCCUUCCUAGAGGGCAAGGAGCUCUUCCUGGCCACUCUGGGUGGGGCACAGCCUGGACCAGGGCACAUCCUCCCAACUUAUCAGGACCUCCGGUCAGUGGGGGCUCCGGCCCGCUGUGCCCCCACGGCCUGCCCGGCCCCACACUCACAGCCGCGGGCCCUCUUUGCGCUGGCGGUCUGA